AAGUCAACAGUAGGUGGCUCCAUGGUUUAUUAAUUUAAAGACAGGUCAGACCUUAGGAACCAUUAUCGCGGUUAUUGUUUGGGAAGACCUGUUGUCUCCACAACAAACAUUCAGGUGGUGGUGAGCCCUCGGUGAGAGGUGAGCCCACCUAUAAAGGACCUCUUGUCCUCCCUGAGGUUCUACUUUGUGAAGCUGUCACCUGUCUGUCCUCUCACACCACACCAGACCCCGAGCCAGACAGACUGCAUCUUCGCUCCUGUCUCCUGUUGCCAUGAUGAUAUCUAGGGAAACAUUCAGGUGACCAGCAGAGACAGUCAUAUACAUCAUGAAGAGCAAGGUCUACUGUCUCGUCUGCCUUGUCCUCAGCUGGCCGGCCUGUACAUGUGUCUGUGAAUUUCCUGAGAACCUUCGAGGGCGAUUUAUCAGUAACGACAAUAACGGCACCCUCGUCUUCAACGGCACGCACGUGCUUGGAUUCACAAUCCGGUCCAGCAACAUCAACGUCAGCACCACAAUCCUGGAAUGUUUAGAGAAUGAAGGAAACCGGUACAUCCUUAGAAGUCAGAACCUGACAUCAGACACUUCCAGCGGCGUGGCUGUUUCCAUUGCUUUUCACCUGCUGGUACCUGACACAGGUAGACACAUCGGUGUGGACCUACUACCAAGGUCCGAGAGGUGAGAUGUCAGGUGUACUUUAGUGUUAGACUGCAUUUACUUGUGUGUAUGUGUGUCCGCCCGUGUGUGUGUGUGUGUGUGUGUCCGUGUAUGUGCGCAUGCGCGAAUAUAUGUAUUAGUCCACCCGUGUGUGUGUCUUUGAGG